GGUAUAUUUUAAGCACCCAGCAUGAAAUACUGAAGUACACUCACUGACCACUUCAUCAGGUACAUAAUCCUAAUCCGAGGACCACAUGGUAGCAACUCUGUGCUUUCAGACACUUAUGGAGGACACACUCGUGGAGAAGCUGUUUUGUUCUGAAAUUUUUUUUUGUCAUUUUUAUACUAUAUAUGAUAAUAUAUAAUAUGUGCUGGUCUUACAGAGACUGGCUGGAAAAAGCUGUACUUUGUUGAGGUUAGCACUCUUACCUUUGCAGCAAGAAGACUGGGUUUGUGACCGGGUUGGAACAAGGGAUUGACUCCAGCUCCCACCGUCGUGACCCUUAUGUGGACUAUAAAGCGAUAGAAGAUGGAUGGUACCUUGAUGAUGCCAGAGCUCAAAUGGGAAUGGUCAUGAGGACAAGACUAGCCCAUAAUGUUGGAAAUGCAGCUAAUUCAAAUAUUCACUUGCAACCAACAUAAUCAUCUCUGAAUGCACAACAUGUCAAAUUUACAGCAACAAAAGAUCAUACUGCCACUUUAUUAGGUGUUGCAUGUACCUGAUAAAGUGGCAGAUGAGUGUGGACAGCGAUUGUCUUUACUAUCAGCAAUUACAGUUGAUUUUCUUAGUUAAAUUAUGAAAUGCUGGUUUCUCUCUGUGUGUAUAUAUCCAUUCAUCCAUCUAUCUAUCACUCCGUCUGUCUUUCGUGCACUUGUCGUCUUGCUGCAGAAUGAAUGUGGGACUGAGCAGAUGCCUUCAUGUGACAUGGUCAUGUGUUUCAGGUCAAUGUUUCACAUAUUUCACUCCUCUUCCCCUGAAAACACCACACACCACAUCAUAUGCCACUUUGUGUCAGGUGGAGGAGGGAGGGCACACUUGUUUGAUGAGUUCGUGGGAGGACGGCAGAAGGACACAUGGAGGAAACGUUUGAGACGUACUGACGCUACUGUGAAAAACAAUGAGGACGAGGAAAGUUUGUGUCCUUCUACCCGACAAACAGCACCUGGACUCUACGGUCGGGGUGAAAGCCAGAGGCCACGAGGUGCUGAGCAUUGUGCUGAGGCAGCUUGGCGUCUGUGACCUCCACGUCUUCGGCCUGGCUGUUCUCAGAGAUAAUGAAUAUCUCUUUCUUGAUUUGGACCAAAAGUUGAGUGAGUACUUUGGCAAAACAUGGAGCAGAGGCACCACAACAGUGCCGUUUAUUGCAUUUCUGAGAGUGCAGUAUUACGUAGAGCAUGGACAGCUCGUAUUUAGCAGCAAAGUGCUUCAGCUCUAUUACAAUGAGCUGCGGGAGAAGGUGCUGCGCUCUCAGAGCCGCCAUCAGGAAGCUUUGUUCUUCCAGUUGGCCGCGUCUGCACUUCAAGCUGACGUUGGAGAUCAGGAGGUGAAUGAAGAAAGACGAGAGGGAAGACGGAGACAUUAUUUUCUCCCUGAAGAGUACUUCCCCUCCUGGCUGAUAAAGCGUCGGGGGCGAGACUACCUGCUCCUGCACUGUCCCGUGUUGCAUGAUGAGCUGAGAGGUUUGUCACGCAGCCAGGCUGUCCUGCGGUUCAUAAAAGAGGCCAACAGCCUGCAGGAUGGACCGCUCACCUUCUACAGAAUGAGGCAGGAGAAAAGAGAGCAGAGAAGUUCAAUCCUUCUUGGUGUAGCAGAGAACGGGGUCUAUAUUUACAAGGAGGUGGAAGGGAAACUGUGUCUAUUGUAUGAUUUUCCUUGGACAGACAUCGACCGCGUCACUUUCCAGGGCGGCAGGUUUGAAGUGGCUGUAGUGGGCUCUCUGUGUCUCCCGAAGCUGGUAUACCACACUCAUUCAGCCUUCCACUCCAAACACAUCCUGAAGCACCUCAGAGACAGCCACCGCUUCCACAUCAACACCAGAGAGGCAGCAAGCUACUUCCAGCAGCUCGAGGACAUGCAGGCCAGUCACCUCUACAAAGAGACCUACAUCUGUGACAUGGCACGUUUGAGACAGAGACUUCAAAGCUGCAGCCUCACCUCCUCCAUGUCUGACUGUAGUGUUGCUGUAGGAACAAGCACAAGCUGGUUCAAAGAGGAAGAAGAAGAAGAAGAAGAGGAGGAGGAUGACGGAGGUGAAGGCUCUGUCACAGACUUUGAGAUGUGCAGUGAUGAAGCAGAGGAGUUCUUUGUUGACGACCCAGACGAGGUCUCCUGGCUUGCUGAGCUUGUUUAUGGUGUGUCUGUCGAUGGACCCUUGGUGACAUCCUCUUCUUGGACAACUGUCACCAUGGAAAUGAAACAGGUUCUGAGGAGAGCUGAUGAAGAGGUCUCUGUGGACUAAUGUAGCGCCACAGGCAAAACUGACUCAUAACACACUCUGCAGCUCAGGACACGACCCCUAAUAUUACUGUCCUGACAUUUACAUGGCCUUCGCAUAGGCAAUCACAGACCUGACAAAUUCUGACCCUGAUGCAUAAAUUAUACCAAUAAUUGCCAGUCCUGCCCAAUGUCAGCUGUCCAGCUGUCCCUAUAUCCCCAAAAGGAUAAGUAAUAAGGAUGGAGUCAGUUCAUCUGUAUGUUACAGUUCAGUAAACGCAUGUUAAUUAAUAAUAUUGUAAUGGAGGUAAUGUAGUGCAUAUAAUACAUCUUAUUUCCAGUUAAUAGCUUGGUAAUAAUGAUGACAAUAGUGUGCUAAUGAAGAGAUAAUAUUACUGUAACACCAUGUUAUUCCCAAAGUAAUAUCCAGCUAACAGCUUAAUAAUGACGAUCACUCCAGGCUAUCAUCACUGCAAUACUUCCACAUGACAAAGUCUGGGAAGCAAUAUUGGUAAAAAUAUCGCAAUAUAAAGUUGAUAUUCAACCAUUCUUAUGUUAUCUUUUGUUUCAAGGCAAUACUUUUCAUGUUAUGUUUAAUGUAGGGACAUAUUAUCUGUAAAUAUCCUUGAAUUCUUUACUAUAAUGUAAUAAUCAUAAAUGUGAUCAUUGAUUUUUUGUAUAAACAAUAAAUUUGUCCGUCACUACCCUGCAUUUUUCAGGAGUUGAUGAUGAACACACA